AAAAGUUUUUAAUAUUUGUUUUGAUUUUCAAUUAUUUUUAAUGAUUUUAUAAUUAAUUAAAUGAAUUAUCACUUUAAUUGAUCCAAUUGUUUAUAUACAAAAUUAUCAGAACUCAUGAGUAAUACACAGCUAUUGAACCAAAGUUGGGAUUAUUUGUCCAAACAAUUGACACACUUUGAGGAAAGCGAUGAUUAUUUAUCAAAACUGACGGACGCUUUGCGAGUACUUCGGGACCAGUCUUUUGUUGAAGUACUCAUUGAAUGGUACUAUGAUUUGUACUACACUUUCAUCAACGAAGAACUUGUACCACAUUUUUGGUCCACAUUUCGUAAUCACCAGCAGUUGAGCGAAGACACGGCCAACACAUCCACCGCCGGCACCACUCAUGCCAUACUAUUCUCGACCGCCGAUCAUCUGUUUGUGUCGGCAAACAAGUGGAUCAAUAAUGUGGUGUUGAGUCGUGUGUUUGAUACGAAUGGCAAUUAUCAACAGUACGUCGAAAUGCAGAUGAAAAUGAAGUCACUGUUGCGGUCAAUACUGUUGGCAGAGAUUCCCAUUUGUUUCAAUCAAUACCUUCUGAGCGCAUAUUCGCUGGCGUUUGCCGUCAAUCAGUACCAGAAGAAUAGGGCAAACAAUUCGUGUGAACUCAACGGUUCCGUUGAUAUGAUUGAAAUGGACACCAAAUGCGGCGGUUGUUGUCAACAGACCAACGAUUGUUUGUGUCAAUCGAUUAGCGAAGACUUUCUUAAAUUCAAUCAACAAUUGAGUGAAUUAUCAUUGAUUGAAGUGAUCUCUGGAGAUGCCAUCACAUCCGUAAUGCACACAUGUAUUGACAAACAUAUCUACGAGAGCUGUAAAGGCAAUUUUGAGGUCUCAUGUAUUUGUAAUCUGAAGAAUUGGAUCGACAAUACGGUCAUCAAUUGGGUCCGAUUUGUGUACGAAAUGUCUUCGUUUGGCAACAGUCUGUCCAACUUAGAGGAACGGCUGACACACUUCUUGUACGAGACG